AUGUUACUCCAACGCCUUCAGCCUUCAUUACGAGGCGCCAUAACAUCAAUUACACGCACCUCUUCCGCAUCGGCAGCAGAAACUCAUCUCUGCGAAGCCCUCACCAAUCUCACCAUCAAGAAAACAUCUUCCACACCUCUUGCCCCUCUCAUCACCGUUCGCCAUGCGUCUCACGCUGCACAAGGAGCUGUAAAUAAAGCGAAAGAUGGACCUGGAAAGCGAUUGGGAGCUAAGAAAUCCGGUGAACAAUAUGUAAUUCCCGGUAACAUAAUAUUCCGCCAACGAGGCACGCACUGGUAUCCAGGCGAUAACUGCGACAUGGGUCGCGAUCACACCAUCUAUGCCACGCAACCCGGCUAUGUAAAAUACUACAAAGAUCCGGACCGACACCCCAAACGCCAAUACAUCGGCGUGGUCUUCAAGCGCGAACAAGUGCUCCCCUUACCACGCAACACUGUGCGACGCCGCCGGCUCGGCAUGGAAAUCGUGAAGAUCGUAGAACCGGAACCAGAACCAGAGACAGAAGUCGAGGUGGAGGUUACGGGGUUGGUAUCUGGAGAGGUGGGUGCGGAGGUGUCGAAGAAGGAGAAGAAGAAGAAGGAGAGGAAGGGAGAGGAGGGUAGGAAUUUACAGUUGAGACCCGGGUACAUGUAUCGAGAGGCGAAUUGGGAGAUUGGUAGGGCGGCUGAGAGGGCGAAUGUUAAGGUGCGCUUGUUUAAGCCGAGGGAUAGGUGGACGGCGUGGAGGAAGGCGAAUAUUAGGAAGGCGAAGAAUGUGGAGAAGAGGGGGUUGGCGGGUAGGAAGAAGAAAUAG